AGCAAGUUGUGGGGAGAGAAGGGAACAGGUUCAGAGAUUUCUUUAAGAGGGCUGAACAUAGGACUGUUCUCUGAUCCCAGCUCUGCCUAAGGUUCCCAGACCAAGAUGUGAAGCUCCCAAAAAGUAAAUACACUGUGAGACUAGAAUCCCGAUGCACCUGAGACCCCCAGCUCAGUGUAGGAGUCAGGAAAGAAUGUCCCUCUGCAGACCCACAUAGGUCUUCCUUCCGCCAGGACAGCGAGGAUGCCACCUAAAACCAAAGGAAAGGGAAGAAAAACUGGGGCACAGAAGAAGAAGAAUUUGAGUCCUGGUGCGGAGGCUGAGGCCAAGCACAGGCUGGUGCUGCUCGAGAAGGAGCUGCUUCAAGACCACCUGGAGAUGAGCCGCCAGCAUCGAGCCCUGCGAGAGGAGUUGGGGACCCGAAGCAAGCACCUGGAAGAGGAAGUGAGAGGUCUACGGCAGCAGCUGGAAACGUGCCAAAGGGAAGCUAAGACAGCAAAGGAGGAGGCUGAGCAAGCCCUCAGAGAACAAGAUGGAACCCUGGCUCAGCUUCGUGCCCAUGUGGCAGACAUGGAGGCCAAAUAUGAGGAAGUCUUACAUGACACCCUGGACUGUCUCUUGGCCAAGCUGAAAGUGGUCAAGCCUCAAUGGGAUGCAGCUGUGCUGAAACUCCACGCCAGGCACAAGGAGCAGCUGCGUCAAUUUGGUCUCAACCCCCUGGAUCUUUGAGGCUUCUA